UUUGUGUCUGGGAGACGGAGCCGUCAGCUGUGGAGGGUACUGACUGUCUCUCUCCGGUCCUGGUUCAAAGUAAAGACUUAAAAACAGCAACGGAGCCUCAGCGACAGGACGGGAGAUGGAUAACAGUAAACGGACUGUGGUCGUUACAGGUUUUGGGCCAUUUGGAGAGCACACAGUCAACGCCAGCUGGGUAGCAGUACAGGAAUUGAAGAAGCUCGGACUGGGCAGUGAAGUGGACUUGCAUGUAUCCGAGGUUCCUGUAGAGUACCAGACAGUCCAGAGUUUGGUUCCUUCAUUAUGGAAGAAGUAUCGUCCACUGUUGGUCGUUCAUGUUGGAGUCUCAGGUAUGGCCACCACUGUCACGUUGGAGAAGUGUGGCAGAAAUCACGGCUAUAAGGGCCUGGACAACAGCAGCUUCUGUCCUGAUUCACAGUGUUGCAUUGUGGGAGGCCCGGACUGUAUCAACUCAGUUAUUGACAUGGAAUCAGUCUGUAAGAGAGUGAGUGCCUCGGGGCUGGGAGUAGCUGUCUCUGUCUCCAAAGACGCUGGAAGGUAUCUGUGUGAUUUCACCUACUACACAUCUCUGUACCUGAGCCAUGGUCGCUCUGCCUUCGUUCAUGUGCCUCCCCUCGGAAAGCCUUACAGUGGGGAGGACCUGGGACGUGCGCUGCAGGCCAUCAUCCAGGAGAUGCUGGAGCUUCUGGACCAGGCCGAAGAGAAGAUCCACUGCCAGCAGCACCACUUCCACUAAGUGACCUCCAGAUGCCAACCAGCCUCCCCACCCCUCACCACACAAAAGAAAUUGCACUUAACCACAAGUAGCCAAACUUCUUCUUCUCUUUUUUUUUAUUGUUGUCUUUACUUGGACAAAAUGAAAACUUCAGUGUAGCGUUUGUUUCUCUUAUGUUUUUGCUUCAAGUUUAUUUAGGCCUCAUUUAGUCAUUUUAAUGUCUCCCAGUGGUGAGAAUAUAAAAUGGGAGUCUCAAGUCAACCCUCAGUCAUGUUGUAAUGCAAGUUUUUGUCCCACUGCGAACAUAAACAUAAAACAUUCUGACUUUGGGGUUAAAAAUAUGUGAAAAAAGUCACAGCAGAUGUGCAGAAGUUCUGUAACCUCGAAUGUGACCUCUAUGAAUGCACCUUAUAGGGUUAGGGGUAUUGAAAUGGUUAUAGAGGUCACAUUUGGGGGAACAGUUGAUUGUACUCUACAGUAUUUGACUUUCAAAAUGCUUCAUCCUCAAAUUUUAAUUUCACUCAUUAUGUGUCAGAUGUUGUCCCUCUAAAUGUACAUGAUACAUGGUUUAAAUAGACAUGUGUAGCAGUAAACUGUGUUGCUGAUUUCAGUCUCUUACGGAUAGCUUUUCCCAGCUGCUCUAAAGCCUAGCUGUGCUGUUUCACACUUGAUGUUGAAUUGUUUCUCGAGUCCUUUUUUCUUUAUAAGAAGUUGUAAUUUUGCCUUCUUUUACAAAGGUUAUUUAAAUCAGGGAACGGGUUGGUUCCAGCUCAUCUUCCCCCAGUUUAUUGGCCCAAUUCUGACAGAAACCCCCACCCCAAAUCCACCCCACUGAGAUCUGGCCCCCAGGAUGUGCAAUGUUAUUUUACAGAUCUCAAGUUCAGUCUUUUAGGUUUAUCAUAAUUGUAUUAUGGCUGCAAAGUUACUUGACAAAAUAUUGUAAUUAUCACUACAACCGUUUUCAGAUUGAGUUAAACAAAGUUUCCUCUUUAACUUGUGACAUUAUGGUUCAUAACAUUCUUUUUUUUUUUUUGAUAUAAUAAGUUAUUAUUCAUCUUAAACUGUGCAUAAACAUGCAGUUUGUUUCUCACAGCAGCAUUUCAAGACCAAAAUCUGACAUUUUCCUCUCUGAGCAGCCCUAAUUGUUAUUUCUCGAUGAAAGCUUUCUGUUGUUCCCUUCAUUGAAUCAGAUAUAGCUGCUUAUUUUACCUGACGAUUUGAUUUGAUGGAGUCGGACUCUCGGUUGAGUCAGAGUUGGGCCUGGAGUUUUAUUUCUGUAGCACUUUGUUUUUUUUGUUUGUUUUACAUUUUUACUCAAUCUGGAAUACAGACAGCAAUUUGAGCUAUGUAUAUGCUUGCAUUUUGUAUUUUUAUUUUCAGUCACUUUAAAAUAUGUAGCUUUCCAGACAUACAUGCAUCUUUUUUUUUUUUUGUCUUUUGUCCCCCCAGUGAUUAUGAUUAUGCAUGUGAGGUAUGCUUUAUAGGUGAUUUUUGCUUUAUUUCCCUGAGCAUUGGUUUGCUCUGACCCUUAAACAAACUGUGAUGGUGCAUCUCCCGAGUGAAAAUGUUUAAAUGUUCUGUUUGUUUUUGUGUCUUUUUGAAUGGUCACCAAACCCCGCUUCAGUUUGAUGUAUUUUAGUAGAGAUGUAUAGCAUUGAAUGGUCUGCAUUCUGCUUCAGCACCAUGUGUAUCCCCAGAUAAAACAGCCUGUGGGAAACAAAGCUAUAGUUGAACUGUCGUAGCUAGUCUUAGGAAACUAACACUAUGCUUUGCGUUGCAGCAGAAAUGUUCUCAUGGGCUGUCAUUUAGUUUUUAAUUAAAUUUUUUGAGCAGUUGAGCAAGUUGGUGCCAGUGUGUUUAAGCAGAUUGGCAUUAUUUUUAGCAGUGUGUGUCUUUUUAAUUACCACUCAGCACCAUGGUUUGUACCACAGAGUAGCAUCCUAGAGCACUGAGCUAAACAGAACUGAACCUAUUCUCGGACCUAAAUUUUUAUCUUUUACAUAUUGGUUGUUUGGUUUAAAAAUCUCUUCUGACAGACAGGUUUUAGUUCUGAGUUUGUAGGUGCUGAUAUUUCACCGUGUGGCUUUGUGAGUGCUGAGAAGUUAAAGGGAUGUGGAGUAGACGCCCCUAAAUGUUCGCUCACAAAAGUGAAGAGCCUCAAGUUUACAUACGAGGUGACCUCUGACCCCGACUCUUUCCUGUGCCUUGCUGUUGUUUAUGUGUGUUAUGAAAAGGCCUUAAAAUACCCAGCGGGUCAAUUCAAAGAUAUAUUACUGAUGCUGUCCAGUCAGAUGUGUGGCUACCUCAAAAAUACUUUUGUAUCUCGGUGUGUGCUCUGUUGUACAAUAACAUUACGGCUCUGUGAUUUAUUGUGAGUUUAGGGAGAAUCCUCUGAAAGGUGUCUUCUUCUGCUUCUGACAUUAACAAAGCACUGUUACAAUAUGUAAUCUUGGCUUUGUAAAAAAAAAAGAAAGGCUUUGAAAUAAAGAGAAGUAACAAGUAA